AUGGCUGCAGGGAGGGAGGCUGCGAGCGUGACGUCACGGGCUGGUGCGGUGGGCGUGUCUCCCAUCGCCCCGCCCACAACACAGCCUCUCGAUAUCACGGACCAGGGGUCGGGAGGGGGAGAGACGAUUUAUGGAGCUCCGAUACAAGAGAUUUAUGAGAAGCGACACGUGACGGGAGAAGUGGCGAGGGAUGCCACAUGA